AUGCCUGUGAAUCCUCUGACGGCGCGCGCGAUACUUCGAGGUCCACCCCUACUCCUCAAGACACUCCUAAAGCAUUAUAUUAACCGUGUUACCAAGAAGAAGCCUGGAAAGUCCUCGACCCGGUUGCGCCACGAUGAACUUCGUUAUGACGAAAUGUUUAGUCUUCUCAAAGUACGUUUAGAUGCACUGUGUAAGCAAUUGCUCCCUGUUCUUAGCUUUGAUCCAGCUUUCAGCAACAACCGGACAAGCUCUCCAAGACGGUUUUAUGUCGAGCGUUUAUUUGUGCCUAUGUCGUCUUGCGAUGACGCUGCAAAAUAUCUCGUGCAAGCCUUGGGCGGCGAAGACGCGGCAAGGAGGAUCGUUGGUGGUGUAAAAUGGUGGCAGGCGAGGGCUAUCGAUGGCGUCGAAGCCGAGUGGAUAACGGCGAAGAAAGACUUGCGAGAGGCCAAAAAACGUGAUAAGGCGAAGCCAACACCUACUGCUACUCCUGCGACCGUUCCGAUGGAGGAAUUGAAAACGCACCCUGGAGCGCCCAAUAUAGAUCACAGCUCAGAAGCAGAUGAAAUGCGCUGCUUUUUGUACCUUCACGGCGGCGGAUAUUACGUUGGAAGCUUGGAUCAAGAACGAUCUAGCAUUCAUCAGCAUGCUCGACUCAUCAACGGCCGUGUGUUUACCAUAAACUAUCGUUUAGCGCCGCAGUAUCCCUUUCCUUGUGCGAUACAGGAUGCUCUAGCUGCCUACCUAUAUCUCAUCAAGCCCCCGCCGGAGGCCAAACAUCGGGCCAUCAAGCCAUCCCACAUCUUGUUCUCCGGAGAUUCUGCGGGAGGCGGUCUUUCCCUAGCUCUGCUUCAAGUCAUUCGGGAUAGCGGACUACCCUUGCCUGCGGGCGCCGUCCUCGUCUCUCCGUGGUGCGAUCUUAACCAUUCUUUUCCGAGUGUUACAAUCAAUACGGAUACCGACAUUCUACCAAAGUACGGCCUGUCAAUCUCAAAGCCGAGCCCCUUGUGGCCGCCGCCGCCGUCGCAGGUACCCUCGACGGCUGCCGAUACUCUCACUGCUCAGGAUCAAGAAUUACAGACAAUCUAUUCCAGACCGACUGACUCAGGCGAAAUUCUGAAGAUCGAGUGGCAAAUGCAUCCAUAUGCUCAAAACAGCCUGCUGAGGCAUCCUCUGAUUAGUCCUGUCCUGUCGUAUCUAGGAGGUCUGCCACCUCUGUUAAUCAUUGCCAGUGGAAAAGAAGUCCUCUGCGAUGAGAUCGUUUACACCGCCCAUAAAGCUGCAGAACCUGAGAAAUACUCUGUUCGGGAGGAAGUCCGAAAGCUCUAUCCCGUCCCUGAUGGGAUAGAAACGCGGUACGGAGGAACGGAGGUUCAUCUGCAGGUGUAUGAUGAUGCAGAUACCGCCCAUACGCUUCCUACGCAGUUUGAAGGCACUACUCCGGGGAAAGCAGCUUACGAUGCUAUCCGGUUGUUCGCUCGACGUGCUACUGGACUGGAGGCUACUGCUCAGGCCGUGGGUUCAACUCUCCCUGCUCCCACUGUCCAUUCAUGGCUAAUCAAUUCCUUGUACAGGAGAACAAUAGUUUCAUCCGGGAGCGUGUUUCGGUCAAGGGCGUUGUUAGUCCCUUGGAGCCAGCAUCGGACCUGGACGCGAUGA